AUGACUAACUUGUUCUCGUUGACAUUGGCUACGAUUCUGUCAGCUUUCUUAUUGAUCAACUUCACACACGCAUUUGAAAUCACAUUCCCAGUAGGACCAAGUAGUUCAUCUUAUUGGGUUGCAUGCAAAGAGAACAUCCUUCAAUGGACAUACAACGAAACAGAUCCAAAGAUCUUCAGUGUUGCAUUAUUCAAUGUCGAUACAAAAAAGCUUAAUGGAAAUUAUCAAAUCGCAAAUUCACUUCAAACAGUUGCAGGAACGGCAAAAGUUCGUCCGAAUUGCGUGGAAGCAGGUGAUGGUUAUUUUGUUGGUUUUGUAAAUUCAAGUCAAUAUGCUCUCAAUCAUCCAGAAAUUUAUUAUUCUUCUCCAACGUUUUCCAUUCAACCAAACACUUCACAAGUUCAAUCGCCAACUUCAUCUUCGCAAUCGUCUAUCACUGGUUCGUCUUCUUCUUCAUCUAAUGAUACACAAUCGAACGCCUUUGGUCCAGCCAAUGCAGGUCAAACACCCACUACCGAUCAGGCCAAAACAGUCAAAGGCGCAAAAGAUGGAGCAGCUCAAGUCAAGGUCGUUACUGCAAUUGCUUUGAUCGCUCCCUUAUUUGCAUGUGUCUCAUUGUACCUUUCCAUCUGA